AUGGCGGAAGUAACCGUUGGUCAGGUGGCGGGUAUCAUCGCCUUCAUCUUUGUCGCUAUUCAGCUCAUUGCUCCUCUCGUUUUGGGACUUCUUCUCGCGGGCUAUCUUCGUGACUCUGAGACCGCAAGCACAUGGACUAAAGUAAACCAGAGGCUGGUCACGACGUUGUGGCCCGCUCUCCUUCGGUACGAUGUCUCCGGCGGAUCCCGCAACCUUCGCUUCAUUAUCAAAAUCCUUUCUGCUUGUUUCCCCAUCAUCGCGAUUCUUCUUGCUGUUGCAGGAAUAGUCACGCCCCUUGGGCUGGGAGAGGAGCUUAACAUCCUGUCGUCCACACCGGGUCGCUUUGAAUAUCUAAGGGAUAUCAGCCCCUACGGCCAUGCGACUUCGGAAAGAGGAAAGGCUCGGUUGACGCGAGUCUGCACCCAGGGCUUUGGUUUUAUGUCCGGCCCGAUCGGCUGUCCUUACGUUGGCGAUGUCGUAACUGUUGACCGGGACAACGGUUCGGUCACGUACCACUUCCCUGACGAGGGGAUGUCUCCGUUCAUUCCCGACAUCCUCAGGGAGAUUUUCUCAAGCGGAACCAAGGGAAAGCGUACAACGAUCUCUAACUACUUCGAUAUUGAAUGGCGACAACUCUCCACCACCUCCAAUAAGAUCGUCAAUAACAACAAGACUUUCGAUGCAGGCCUAUAUCGCCAGUUGGACUCGUUCAUCCUUGACAACGAGUACAAAGUCAUAGAGGGACUCGUGGUUGAUGCGAAAGACGGCGGCAUUGGCUUCCGGAACCAUUCCAUUCCGGUCGGUCUUAGUCGAGGUGCCACCUGGCAGGAGGAUAUCUUGUUCAUCGAGCCGGAGGCUGCCUGUGUGAAUACUAACUUGACCUUCGACUUUACCAUCGACCGCGGGUCCACCUCCUCCUCGGGCAUUAGCAACCUUCGCCUAGUCGACCGCGGAGGCUUCGUCAAUCUCAACACCACGUAUCCCCAGUACGACCAUGACAACGCGCAGAGCAAUCCCGAUCUCGUUGCCCGGGCCUAUAAGGCUGCGUACCUCAACAACGCCCAAACUAUGCUUGUCCUUAAUGUUACCAACCAAAAUGACGAGAAGAAGGGGUUGAAGGCCUUCGCCUACAUGAACUCACAGCUCGGCAAGGAAUUCGAAAUGCCCACUAGUACCCUCGACGACUACAGAGCAUUGGGGAUAUCGAGCGAGUUCGGCCAAUACCUUCACUUAGAGUUUGCAAACUUGUCGUUCUCAAGCAUCCCUGAUUAUCCGAAUCCCUAUAAUAUCACAAAGGACGAGUUCGAUUCAAUCACGACAAUUUGCUCCGGCUCCGGCAGCCUCGAUAUUGCAAACAUCACCAAUAUAUACACCGGCUGCGGCCUGCUACGCGGUGCCCCGAGCCGAACCGACGGCGGUUCUCCAUCUCUGCUCGAGCACGGGUCAAAAUGGUCUAGUCCAAUGCACGCGUGCGCCGCCACCGUCCGAGCCAUCGUUAAGACCGUCACGUUCACGUAUAACGGAACGGAUAACAACGGACUCGCUAGCCUGAGGGUCGAUAAGAUUGAGCCGAAGAAGUACGACGACGAAAAGGACAUUCCGCUCUGGGGCUUCGAAGAGUCCGGCCUGAACGUCGACGGCAUCCAACCCAUUUGGGGUCUGAUAAGCGACGACUAUGCCUCGCACGCGAAUGUGUCGAGUAUUCGCCAGCCCUAUUUCCAUCUUCCGGGUUACCAGGGCGGGUUUGCACCUUCGCUGACGCCCGUUAUGGACCGAAAUAUCCCAGGCAGCGACUUUGCUUUCCUGGCGAUGAACCGCGUCUUUGAUAUCUCCGACGUUGAGUGGCCUUUUGACCUUGUCGGCCUCGCGAGCAUGGCGAUCUUUACUCGAUGGCAGAAGCUUUCCACAAGCCAGGAUGAAGCCGCCAAAAUCCUCAACCUCAUGUGGACAGACAUCUCGGCCUCUGCCGUCGUCGGCACCAGAGGUGUCCUGGGCCCGCUGAACAACGGCGAUGAAGCCGAGGCAGCCAAGGUUUAUGUCCGCCCCAUCGGCCACAGGGUCACGUACAACUUCGUUUACGGCAUCCCGGCCUUUAUCCUCGCUCUCUUCCUCCUCACCCUCGGGGCCUUCUGGCUCGUGUCGCUGUGUCUCGGCAAGGCGAGCCUGGAAAAGCUUCGCCGUCGGCUUCGACAGGUGUCUCCGGGCAGGAUCUACACGACUUUCCUAUACCCGGAGACGAGUACUCUCAUCAUGCCAAGCAAGGAUUGGCAAGUUUCCAAUGGAGGCAAACUUGUGGUCGUCAGUGCCAAUGCGAGCGGUGCUGGUCGACCUUUCGCCGCCGCGACGGGCUAUGCUGCUCAAGUGCCGCUCAUGCAGCCAGGAAUUCCUAUGAGUCCGUACGGCGAGCAAAAGCCGCCACUCUAA